CCGGUGCCUAUUUUCUCUGACCAGUCCGUACUCAGAUUUAUCGCUACAUCUUCUUCUCCUCAUUACAUCCCUUUAGCCAUGUUUUCUAGAGCUAAUCCUUUUGACGAAGUAGUCACAUCCGCUACCAGCGAAAACCUGACUUCCGAGAAUUGGGAGCUUCUCUUGAACGUAUGCGAUCGUGUUUCAAGAAGCUCUCCCGACGCCGCAAGAGACUGUGUAGCAGCUGUUCAAAAACGAUUACAAAGCAAGAACGCCAAUGUUCAGCUGUAUUCUUUGGCGUUGGCACAAGCUCUAGUCAAGAACUGCGAUCUAACAGUUCAUCGUGAAAUCUCCUCAAGAACUUUUACCUCUUCUUUGGUCAAAAUAAUAAAUGACAAGACUACGCAUACCAGCGUUCGACAGCGAGCUCUGGAACUCAUACAGUCGUGUGCAUUUGAUUUUAGAUCUGAUCCUAGUCUUGGACUCAUGAACGAGACGUACCUUUCUCUUCGAUCACAAGGUGUGAUAUUCCCGUCGCCACAGAAGCCAAAGAAGGAAACUCAGAGUGAAUUAGAUAAACAGAAGGAGGAAGAGGAAUUUCAGUUGGCAUUGGCGUUAUCACUGUCUGAAUCAGAGAAUAAGCCCAAGUACCAGGCACCAGGCAAGGCAACAGCUUCGUCUACCCAGAAGGCACCAAACUCAGAGGCACCACCGUCCGAACCUGGAAAGCCUAGCCGUGUCCGAGCCCUAUACGAUUUUCAACCUACUGAGCAGGGAGAACUUGGAUUCCAGAAGGGUGACAUUAUACGAGUUCUUGAAAGUGUUUACAGAGAUUGGUGGAAAGGAGAGCUUCGCGGCAAGACGGGCAUUUUCCCAGUUAACUAUGAAAAGAUCGUCGACCCUACCCCUGCCGACUUAUUGCGUGAAGCUCAAAUGGAAGACGAAGUCAUGGAUAUGUCUCCUAAAGUAGAGCAAUUGAUUCAACUGUUGUCUAAAAUUGACCCCCGACGAGACUCCUUUGCUGAGAACGAACAGUUGCAAUCCCUAUAUAACGAGACUUUGGCCAUCCGACCCAAGCUAGUAAAGCUGAUCGAGAAAUACAGUCUUAAGAAAGAUGAAUUGGUUGCUCUAAAUGAAAAGUUCAUGAAAGCAAGAACAUCCUAUGACAAAAUGCUCGAGAAUUCAAUUGCAAGAUAUAGUUCCCCUCCUGUUGACCCAUAUGGACAGCCUCAACCACAAUAUGGCGCUUACCCUCCAUCACAAGCCGAACCAUACCCAAACUAUCCUCAGCAGCAACCACCACGACAAGAUUACUACGCCAGCCAAUCACAGCAACAACCAGUUCAGCACCAGCCGAUUCCAACUGCCACACCCGAUGUGUAUGCGGGAUACCAGCAGCCACCCGCUCAGGGUGGCUAUUAUACUUCGCCUGCACAGCACCAGCAACAGCCCCAACCUCCCCAUGAUGCACAGUCAUCCAACACCUAUCAAGGAUACAAUACCCAACAAUCCCAUGAGCCGGUUCGAUGGUCUUAAAGUAUUCAAAUAUUAUUACUGUAAAUUUUUUUAUGUGCAAAGCAGA